AAACCACAAUAUGAUUAAUCAGUUUUCUAGGAAAAAAUAUUUAAUUUAUUCUUGACCAGACAAAGUUUUUAAGGUUUCCGUCCUGAAUUUAGAAUUGUAGGAUCAUUUAAACAACUUCUGCUGUCUCUUGGCUAUUAAUUUUUGCCACCUUUUUGUUUUGUUAAAAACAGAAAACUGUUUAUAAUAAACUUUGUCAUAAAUUUUUUAUAUUUUAUUUGAGUAAAACUAUAGAUUUCCUUCAUUUAUUAUUUUUGUUAAUAUUUUAUUUCAGAUUUGAAUAUAUACAGAUGGAGAGAAAUAUAGUGUACAUACCUAGCGAAUACAUAGAUACCAGUUUGACCGGAAAACAUUAUACACCGGAGGAGUUACCCUUUGCUCCCUUUGUUGCUGGUACUCUUAGGGAGAUAAUUUUGUCGCUUGAGUUCUCUAAGUUUCCUAAGCCUAGUAAGAGUAAGAUCCAACACCUCUCCUUCCUGGUUCACCUUCAGUCAAGAUUUGAUGAUUUCUCUCUUCUGUACAAACUGCACUGUAAUAUCCUACAGGAAAUAAACCAGGGGAAAACAAAAUGGACGGAUCAGGAUUAUUUUAAAGAGGCUGAGAGAAAUAUACUUGAAUGCUUGGAGAGAAAACAUAAGAAGGAAGUAACCUCAGAUCCAAUAUUUGAACUUAAAAAAGAUAAUGAUGUAGUAAGAGAGGAUGAACUUGAUGAAGAUGGUGAGAUUGUUGGGGACCUGGGGGACCUCUUUGACCUUAAGGAGGACAACGACAUGGAGGAGGAGGAGGUGGAGGACCUGGCGGAAGAGAAGGAUUUAAAAGGAAAUAUUAUUGAACCGGAUCCUGAUUAUGAAGAAACAUCCUUUACCCCUCCAGGAGAUACCAAGAAAAAGAAGAAAAAGAAAAAAGUUGAGUGCCCUAACUGUUUAAAGAAGAUUGUACUGGAGAAUAAAGGUUCAAUGAGUAAACAUCUUGAUAAAUGCAAUGGGUCAAAGUUUACUUGCCCCCAUUGUCCCGUCAGUAAGAACUCCUGGAAGAUAAUUAUGAAUCACAUAAAACGCGAGCACAGCGAGGAACCCCCCGCUUCUAUACUCUGUACUGAUUGUGGAGUUGUCAGCACUGGAUUCAUUAAACACGUUGAACACAUGGAAACACAUGCCAUGGCUUCAUGUAAUAUUUGCAAAAAGAAAUUCCGAGACGAGAUCCGGGUGAAGCGACAUCAAAAAUUUUGUAACAAAAAGAUCCCUGGUGAAGUGUGUCCUUACUGUGGUAAAACUUAUAAGUUUUUACAACCUCAUAUUUACGCAGUUCACACUGAAAGAGAAGCAAAGAAAUGUUCUGCUUGUAAUUUUACAUCAACAAUCAGCGGAUCUGUGAGCACUCAUUUCAGAAGGGUCCAUAGCAAGCCUGGUGUAUGUGAGCUAUGCAACAAAACUGUGAAAGAUUUGAAUCGACACAUGAAGAUUGGUUAUUGCACUAUAUCAGAAGCAGAGAGGCGAUUAUUCCAAUGUGAUCAAUGUGACAAAACAUUUACAAUGUCCUACCAUUUAAAACGACACAUAAAUGGCGUACAUCUGAAAACCAAAGACUUCCAGUGUGCAGAAUGUGUUUAUAGAUGUACAAACAGUUUUAAUCUUGGUAUUCAUAUUAAGAGAGUUCACCAAGGUAUACAGCUAAAAACUGAAUGUUUAAUCUGCAAAAAGGAAGUUUACAACCUAGAUUAUCAUAUGAAGGCUUAUCAUCAGGAGGAACUACUCUCUAGUGUAGGCGUUCAGGUCACCACCAAUAGGAAGCAAUAGAGAGCUCAACUCCGGGAGUUGUAGAAAGUUCAACUAGUCGAAACUCUGGAAGCUCUAGAGAGAUCAACUAGUGGAAACUCUGGGAGCUGUAGAGAGUUAAACUAGUGAAAACCAGGGAAUAGGAAUAACGGGAAAGGAAAUGGCGCUGGUCUGGCAUGAGAAAGCCAGUCGCACUGCUUUGCAGACCAG